AAUUAUUUAUAAAUUUCUAAGAUUUGGUCGUGUACACCUCGAAAAGUCUCUUACAGUUUCAAUAACGUUCCAAAUGGGCUUGAAGCUCCCUACAUUAUAUGUGUGUACUAUUACAUCUUCAACUCUUUGAAAUAUUGGUAGGCCUCUAGAAAAUGGACCAGCAACACGAACAACAUCAAGAAGACUUUCCGUCCAUUUUCACCACGGAUAGUCCACAAGACAUAGUUUCUACUCAGGAUUUGAUUGCUUUACAAAGUAAACUAUGCCAAGAAAUAAAGUAUAACGAGGAAACCAGUAGAAAUCAAAGCGAGGACAAUCUACGAGUACUGAAUUUAUUGACCUACAUUUACUUUCAGAUUUGUCCUCAGAGCUACGCAGCUGCCAACUGUAACUAUUGGGCAUUUCGUUUAUCCAAAGGGACUAUCUGUUACGUCACAUCAGUAAUUUAUAGACUUCAGCUUAUGACAAUGCAGGGCAAAAUAGAUAAAGUUGAAGAGUGUCAGGAAAUGUUGACAACAAUGAGAACAUCGGACAGUUACCGACGGAAACUUUCCGAAGCCAAAGCUGAGCUGGCAUAUACACUAAGCAGAUUGAGCUGGCAUAUACACUAAGCAGAUUGAGCUGGCAUAUACACUAAGCAGAUUGAGCUGGCAUAUACACUUAGCAGAUUGAGCUGGCAUAUACACUUAGCAGAUUGAGCUGGCAUAUACACUUAGCAGAUUGAGCUGGCAUAUACACUUAGCAGAUUGAGCUGGCAUAUACACUAAGCAGAUUGAGCUGGCAUAUACACUAAGCAGAUUGAGCUGGCAUAUACACUUAGCAGAUUGAGCUGGCAUAUACACUUAGCAGAUUGAGCUGGCAUAUACACUUAGCAGAUUGAGCUGGCAUAUACACUUAGCAGAUUGAGCUGGCAUAUACACUAAGCAGAUUGAGCUGGCAUAUACACUUAGCAGAUUGAGCUGGCAUAUACACUUAGCAGAUUGAGCUGGCAUAUACACUUAGCAGAUUGAGCUGGCAUAUACACUUAGCAGAUUGAGCUGGCAUAUACACUAAGCAGAUUGAGCUGGCAUAUACACUUAGCAGAUUGAGCUGGCAUAUACACUAAGCAGAUUGAGCGGGCUGAACAACAUUCGGAGGGCUAUUCAUUUGUAUCAAGAGGUUGUUGAGUUUGACAUGAGUAACUUUGUUUGGAGGUUUGGCCUGGGCUUGGCGUGCAGUCGUAUUGUCUGUUGGUUCACUAGCUCGCCACUCAUUUCCGUGUGUGAAAGGAAUAAGUUUAUGUUAACUGCAGUGAAUCAUCUGAUGGACACUGCGGAGAACUCGCCUGAAACUGAACUUUCUAGCCAAUCUUAUGCUCAACUGGCCGUCUUAAAACGUUUUCUUAAUAACACAGGACUAGAAACGGAGAAUUGUAAACUUUUAUUUAAAGGUCAUGACGUUCAAAGUCUUGUAGAGAAAGCCUUGGAAGGAGAUCCGAAAAAUUCCAAGACUUUACGAGACUGUGGACGGCUUAUGAAACAAUUCGAUGUGGAUGAAGCCAUUAAAAUUUUAGAAAGCUCUGUCUCAAAGAUGCAGCAUUCCCAAGCGUACCACAACUUGGGGAUUUGUUAUGUAAUGAGAGCAACGCAAAAAGUUGCUCCAGCGCUUAACAAAAUAUCGCCUGAUCAAAUAUCUCCAAAACAAGAGGAAGUUAUGCGCUCUGAUCAACUUUCUCAGAACACUGAAGGUGCUUUAGCACCAAAUCAAAUAUCUCUAAACCAAGAGGAAGUUAUGCGCUCUGAUCAACUUUCUCAAAACACUGAAGAUCAAAUACUUCUGAAUCAAGAAAACGUUAUAUCUCCUGAUGGACUACCCCAAGAAAUGAUACCAAACAAUCAAAUGCUGCAUCAUUCCGUGAAUGAAACUGAAGCCGUCCAUUUCAUUCGUUCUAGCAAAAGGAAAAAAAAGAAGAAAAAGAAAUUAAGUUUUUUCAGCUAUUGUCCAGUUUAUGUCCAGCAACUGAACUAUCAAAAUGAAGAUGUUGGGAAAGCAAAAUAUAAUUACAAGCAGGCCAUACGAUCAUCUCCAGAUAACUAUUCGGCCAUGUACGCGCUCGGUUUAUUAUACAGAUCUUGUGGACACAUAGCAGAAGCCAAGCAAUGGUUCACAAAAAUUGUUAAAAAAUUGAAUUUACAGGACUUGAAAACUGCAAGCGACGUUUUGCGAUUCACAACAGCGAUUUAUGCUCAAGUCCAGCUGGGAUUAUGUGCUCUUGAUGACAGCAGAAGUGAGGACGGAGGCUAUCAGAAAUGCAAAUCGGAAAUCAUCAAAAUAUUGGAAGUCUUACACCACUUGAAGCCGAGUCCUCCUGGAACUGAAGAGUUACUGACUUUCCUUAAGGACCAUACAUUGUCGGACGAGGAGAAGUCCAGUUAUCUAAUUCUAUUCAGAAAAUGUGUGGCGAAAAUUCUAAAGAUCAUACAACGAUAUGAGCUUAAUAUUAGAAAAAGUUCAAUGCUUAAAACAGAAAACUAAACUUUUUGGAAACUACUUUAGUACAUUAUAGUAGAAAUAUACAGACCUACUGUCAGUGAAUACAUUGCCUGAUUAAGACAUAUAUAUGCAGUUAUUUUAAAUUAAAUUAUGCGAACUCACAUAAAACUGUCUAUAAACAACUAUUUAAAACACUUAAGGUAUAACAUUUAUUGUAAAUGCCAUUGGGCAAUUAACCUUUACAAAUACAUUAAUGUUCCAGCACUCA